AUGAGGAAGUAUUACCAUUUAGCUGAACAGCUGGAAAGUGGCUUCAGGUGCUGGCCUAUUAUAGGACACUCCUACUUGUUCGUUGGCAAUGAUGAAGACCGAAUGACGACAUUUCAAAAGCUAGGACGAGCAACAUUGAAGCAGGGUGGAGUUGCAUCGGCUUGGCUUGGAAAUCGCCUGUAUAUCAUGAUAGCCGAUGCAGAAGUAGCGGAGCUUGUCCUCAAACACAGCCUGGAGAAAGACGACGUCGUUAAGUUGUCCAAAUAUAUCAUCGGGAACGGCAGCAUAUUUGCACCAGUGUCAAUCUGGCGACCUCGACGCAAGAUCCUGGCUCCGACCUUCAGCCAGAAGAAUCUGGCCCACUUCGUGCACAUCUUUGCCAAGCAAAGUGACAUUAUGGUGCAACAGCUGAAGUCCAAAGCUGGGACAGGCCCAUUUGCUUUAUGGAGCUACCUCACUACUUACACUAUGGAUUCUGUAUGUGAAACAACCCUUAACACGCAACUGCAAGUUCAGAAAAAUCCAAACCACCCGUUUCUCAAGGCUUUCGAUUCUUACUGCUGUCUGAUGUCAAGGAGAAUGUGCCAACCCUGGUUACAUAGCGACUUCAUCUACAAACUAUUGCCCGACUUCAAGCUGCUCACUGAAGCCAAAAUUUGCAUGGAUGAUUUCAUUAACGGGAUCAUCAAGAGAAAAAGGAGAGAAAUUAAAGAGAAGACGGAAUUAAAUGGCAAUAAGGAAGUGAAACUAGACCAGUUCAAAUCAUUCUUGGAGCUACUGAUCGAGACGUCAGGAGGUGACAGCGGGUACACAGACGAGGAGCUCAGAGAGGAGACCCUGGUGCUGGUGAUGGCGGGUACUGACACCUCCGCUGUGGGGACCGCUUUCACUGCUCUUAUGUUCUCCUGGUACCCGCAUGUGCAGCAGAAAGUUUAUGAUGAGUUAAAGACAGUGUUCGGCGACUCUAAAAGACUGGUGACUCCAGAAGACCUUCCUCGCCUUAAGUACAUGGAUGCCGUCAUCAGGGAAACUUUGCGAUUGUACCCGCCAGUGCCUAUCACCACCAGGAAGAUGACCUCUGACGUCACUUUGCCAUCAGGAGUGACUUUACUAGAGGGGUGCGGAGUAGUGGUCAACGGAUGGGCUCUUCACCGCAACCAGGAGUACUGGGGUGCUGAUGCGGAGCAGUUCCGUCCGGAGAGAUUCCUCAACAUUCAGUACAAGCACCCGGCGCAAUUCCACGCGUUCAGUUUUGGUGCUCGGAGUUGUGUUGGGUACCAGUACGCCAUGAUGUCCAUCAAAACUGCGAUGGCGACCUUACUGAGAAGCUACCGGGUCCUACCAGCCGCCUCAAGCGACGUGGAUGUCAGCAAGGGGGAUCCGAAGCCUUUACGCCUGAAGUUUGACAUCAUGAUGAAGGAUAUUGACAAUUACGUCGUGCAAAUAGAGUCGAGGAAUUAAUGUAAUAAAAUACCGAGUAUUUUUUUUGACGUGACUUAUUAUAAAUUUGCUGCAGAUGGCAUUAAUUACUUAGCCGGACAAAUGGGGAGCGCUGAAGGCUCUCACCCGGUACAACGUUUAAGACAACAGGCCUGAGGGUGCCCAAUUGGGCGCGAACCUCGGCUCAGG